UGGGGCAGUACCUUUGGGGAUGGAGGGGGACAUGUUUUGUUAUUUUGUUUUAGUUUGGGAAGAGCCGGUGUACAACCUCUUGGACUUAAUAGCCUCACAAGUGAGCACUGGAAAUGUGUUGUCUGUUCUGGAUGAUCUGGAGCUGCAUUAUUCACACUGCAGAUUAAUUCCUUAUCUUAUUUUUCCGUGUAUCUGCUUUGGGAACCUCCUGAGAUUCUGCUUUGGCACCUCCAGUGUUUGGCCACUGCUCAGGAGAAAGAAGCACCUAACGAAACACAGUAAUAACAAGGAUUAUUCAGUAUGCAGUUGGCAGGAUGUCCAUGGCGACAUUGAAAAUGAAUUCCUUAUUUUCACCAGAUCUAUGAGAAGAUCCAUUUUAAACAGUCUAAAUAUUUUUUCUUCUGUUGGACCAGCAUGGCAGGAUUCAAGCGAGGGUGAAAAAGUGGCAGUAAAAGUUAUUGACAAGACAAAAUUGGACACUCUAGCCACUGGUCAUCUUUUCCAAGAAGUGAGAUGCAUGAAACUAGUGCAGCAUCCCAACAUUGUACGCCUUUACGAAGUUAUUGACACCCAGACCAAACUAUAUCUUAUUCUAGAACUUGGGGAUGGAGGAGACAUGUUCGAUUACAUAAUGAAGCACGAGGAGGGACUUAAUGAAGACUUGGCCAAGAAGUACUUUGCUCAGAUAGUUCAUGCCAUAUCUUAUUGCCAUAAACUCCAUGUGGUUCACAGAGACUUAAAACCCGAGAACGUGGUCUUCUUUGAAAAACAGGGUCUUGUAAAGUUGACAGACUUUGGUUUCAGCAACAAGUUUCAACCAGGGAAGAAGCUCACUACAAGCUGUGGAUCUCUUGCGUAUUCUGCACCAGAAAUUCUGCUUGGUGAUGAGUAUGAUGCACCUGCGGUAGAUAUAUGGAGUCUGGGAGUGAUCCUUUUCAUGUUGGUGUGUGGGCAGCCACCAUUUCAAGAGGCCAAUGACAGUGAAACAUUGACAAUGAUCAUGGAUUGCAAAUAUACAGUACCAUCCCAUGUAUCUAAAGGGUGUAAAGACCUGAUCACAAGGAUGCUACAGAGAGAUCCCAAGAGAAGGGCCUCUUUAGAAGAGAUUGAAAACCAUCCUUGGCUUCAGGGAGUGGACCCUUCCCCAGCCACGAAGUAUAACAUCCCCCUCGUGUCAUAUAAAAACCUCUCAGAAGAGGAGCACAACAGCAUCAUUCAGCGCAUGGUGCUCGGGGACAUAGCGGAUCGGGAUGCCAUUGUCGAAGCCCUGGAAACCAACAGGUAUAACCACAUCACAGCCACUUACUUCUUGCUUGCUGAAAGGAUCCUGAGGGAAAAGCAAGAGAAAGAAAUACAGACCAGGUCUGCAAGCCCUAGUAAUAUCAAGGCCCAGUUUAGGCAGUCAUGGCCAACCAAAAUUGACGUGCCCCAGGACCUUGAGGAUGACCUCACGGCCACUCCUUUGUCCCACGCGACUGUCCCUCAGUCUCCUGCUCGGGCUGCCGACAGUGUCCUCAACGGCCACAGGAGCAAAGGCCUGUGUGACUCGGCUAAGAAAGACGACCUCCCCGAGUUGGCCGGGCCCGCGCUGUCCACGGGGCCGCCUGCCAGUCUGAAACCCGCCGCCAGUGGGCGGAAGUGUCUGUUUCGGGUGGAGGAAGACGAAGAGGAAGACGAGGAGGACAAGAAGCCCAUGUCCCUCUCAACACAGGUGGUUCUGCGCCGCAAGCCGUCCGUGACCAACCGCCUGACGUCCAGGAAGAGCGCCCCGGUCCUCAACCAGAUAUUUGAGGAGGGGGAGUCGGACGACGAGUUCGACAUGGAUGAGAACCUGCCUCCCAAGCUGAGCCGCUUGAAGAUGAACAUUGCUUCCCCGGGGACGGUCCACAAACGCUACCACCGCAGGAAAAGUCAGGGCCGCGGCUCCAGCUGCAGCAGCUCGGAGACCAGCGACGACGACUCAGAGAGCCGCCGGCGGCUGGAUAAAGACAGCGGCUUCACCUACUCCUGGCACCGCCGGGACAGCAGCGAGGGGCCCCCGGGCAGCGAGGGUGACGGCGGUGGCCAGAGCAAGCCGAGCCGCGGCGGCGGGGGUGUGGACAAGGCCAGCCCCAGCGAGCACAGCGCCGGCGGGGGCGGCCCCGCGGGGAGCUCGGGCGGUGCCCCGGGUGGCACGUCGGGCAGUGCCCGCCGCUGCGCCGGCCCCGGCUCCUCCACGUCCACGCAGCUGGCCGCGCGCGGCGCCGGGGAGCUGGUGGAGAGCCUCAAACUCAUGGGCCUCUGCCUCGGCUCCCAGCUGCACGGCAGCGCCAAGUACAUUAUCGACCCGCAGAGCAGCCUGUCGUUCUCCAGCGUGAAGGUCCAGGAGAAGUCCGCCUGGAAGAUGUGCAUCGGCUCCGCAGGCGGUGCGGCACCUGCCCCAGCUGUGGGCGGCAUGAAGUUCUUCUCCGACCACGUGGCGAACACCACCACGGAGUUGGACAGGAUAAAGAGCAAGAAUCUGAAAAACAACGUGCUCCAGCUACCUCUGUGCGAAAAGACCAUCUCUGUGAACAUCCAGCGGAACCCCAAGGAGGGGCUGCUGUGCGCCUCCAGCCAGGCCAGCUGCUGCCACGUCAUCUGACCUCGGUGCGCUUGCUGCUCAGAGCGGCGAAGACCGGCUCACUUCACUGGUCCCUUUUUGGUUUUCCUCUUUUAAAGCGGGCAGUUAUUUAUUACUUUUUCAUUUGUUCGCCUGACGACUUGACAAAUGCAUGGUCUUUGUGCAUGCUGCUAGACACUCCUUUUUUUUUCCAGCUGAAAAGUCUUGUGUAAUUUUUACGUUUAUAAUUUUAAUGUGGAUGAUCAGGAUUAAAUUAAAAUGUAUAUUUGGAACCUAAUAUAAAUGGAGCACUUAGAAAUUUGAUGUUCUGCACUUAACCUAGAGAGAGAAAAAAUGCUUUUCCUUGUGAAAAACCUAAAUUCCUGCUCCGACCUUCUGUGACAUGGAACCUCCGUGAUCUGAGGCACACUCCGGUGUCUGAGGCAGAACCAAAGCAAUAACGUUGUGCUGCCAUCAGGCCUAGAGCCCGCGAGUGCGCCGUGCGCCCCCCCACGCCAGGGCCUCUGCAGAGUACAGUGAGCGUCUGCACUGACAACCUUAAAACCAUGAUUUCAACAUACCCACACCUGUUUGUCUUAAGCUAUAGUGUGAAAACAGUUUGGGCUCUUAAAAUUUAACUGAAAAAGAUUUUCUUGUUUUGUAAUAGGUGAGAUAAAGUACUUAGAUUUAUAAGGCAGCUUCCCCGUAGAGGUAAAUCACAAGCAGACAAUCUCAUUUUGUAAUGUGAUAAAGUGAACUGAUGAUGUCUUAACUCUACUUACAGAGUGUGUGUCUGUCUAACAGAACAAAAUGAUGCUUGGUGUUAAUUCCUUCCUGGAGGGCACACCCCAGGGUUCCUUUACAACCACAUAGAUAGAAGAAACUAUAGGGCCUAAUAUAGAAGCAAAGGUGUACCCAGAUGUUGGCAAAGUCAAAACCCCAUAAAUUAAAAAAAAAGAAAAAGAUUAUUGGCAUUUGAUUUUUAGGAGUUUGAUAAUUAGGUUGUCUCUUGUUAACUUCCAUUCUUUUACAUCUUUUAGCUCAGCUACCUAUGAAAAUUGGAUGAUUAAAAAAUAUACAUAAAAGGGUAAGAAUUCACACAUAAAGCAAACAAAAAUGCACAAAGCCU